AUGGGCGUAAAAUCAAUAGAAACAAAGGAGGAAUUGGUCGGUUACAUUCAAUUAUCUAAAAAUAAAUUAGUAGUGAUCGAUUUUUAUACAGUUUGGUGUGGUCCAUGCCGUAUGAUAGGGCCAAAAUUUGAGAAUCUGAGCAACGUCCCGAUAUAUAGCAAUGUUAUAUUCUUGAAGGUUAAUGUUGAUCAAAAUAGUGAUAUAUCCGAAGAUUGCAAUAUCAGUGCCAUGCCAACAUUUCAGUUUUACAAAAGUGGAGAAAAGGUUGACGAAGUUGUUGGAGCAAACGAAGUACAACUUAAAAGUGUAAUUGAAAAACACAAAGGGAAAGAAGCGAUCUUUGCAAAGAAAACUUAUCAGUUUUGA